UUAACGUAGAGAAAUGUUUCUUGUCUGUCUAGAAAGCAGUGUUAGUGUUAAACUGGAACAAACCCCUCUUGUGUAGCAUGUCAUGUGUGAGCUGACAGGGUUUGUUUAUGCCUCUCUGUCAGUCAUGCGAGGCUAUUUAGUGGGAUAACAGUGGCUCUAUCAUAACACAUAAAGGAACCACCUCCUUCCUUCCCUUAAUUGACUACCACAGAUUUCCACCAGCCAACUGCAGUGUGGCAGAUAAUCUCAGCUAAGCAUUUGUCAAAAUACUAGAAACGAAAAUGGAAACCGAAGUGGCCAGUGUGUCUGAAUCUAAAAACGCUGCUGUGUCCAAAACGUGAGCGUACGCUGCCGUCCUGCCCGACCUAUCAGUGUGGGAAGUAAGCGUGCCACCUAUGAAGUCAGCAGUCCCCAACCCCCACCCUGAACACAUGUUCAACAUCCUCUGGGCACAGGCUGAGCAAAGCACUGAGACACAGCUGAGAAUUAGAGAGAGACAGAGAGAGAGAGUAGUGAGGUGGAAAUAUGGGUGAGCAUCAGAGGACGACAGAAAUAGAGCGAUGAAGCGGUGAAUCAGGCAGCGGCAGAGGAGGAGGAGCAGGAGCGGGCUCUGUCUUUUGCUAAGGUGGUGCUUUGUGCAGGCUGCCUUGUUUUCAGCUCUCAUUGUGCGUGGAUGUGACGGCCUCAUGGAUUUGCUCUGAGUUCUGCUCUGAGUCCCGGUGGAAUACGUUGCAUCUAGAUACAAGGCGGCUGCGGACGGAGGAUGGGAUGCAGCCGGAUGCUGGGGAUCCAUGUGGGCCUGUGACGUCUCUGCUGCGCUCUGUGGCUGCCUUCUUCCCCAUAAGGAUGGCUCCGGCGACCGUGGAGUCGCAGCUCUUUGCUGGGGGCUGCUGUUUGGUCACUCUGUGAAUGUGACGAGGACGAGGGAUGCUCGAGCGAGCUCUUAGCCCUCUACUUCUGCUGACGUCCGUUUCCGUGGAUACACACAGCAACCGCACCAAAGCACUGCUCCUGCUCUCCACCAGACCAGUCAACCUGCUAAGAAGCUGGGGCCUCAUGUACGAAGACUUGGCUACACCUCCAGGACUCAUCCAUAGUAAUAACAACCAUCCCAGCUGGAGAAGAAACAACAUCUGGGCGUGGAGAGAAGGGAGAGGGUGACGUCUCAGCAGGGGGCACGGCAGAUGGUGACACUGCAGCAGCACUUCUCCAGCAUGGAGGAGACGGUGCGCACGCUACUGCAGAACCAGGAUUCAGUGCAGGGCCCAAAAGUGGACCCCAUGGACCUCAUGAAAGCAUACAAGGACAAACUGCUGGAGGAGAUGUGGAAGCAGCAGGACAGUCUGGACGGUUGUACGGCCACAGCUGCAGAGAUGGUGACCUCGCCGGAGGAGAGUUCACAGGACAGUAACCCCCUCCUAGAGCGUCUCAGGGCCCUGGAGGCGGAGAACUCGGCGCUGUCAAUGGAAAAUGACAAUCAGAGAAAACAGUAUGAACGUUGUCUGGAUGAGGUGGCCAACCAGGUGGUGCAGGCCCUCCUCACACAGAAGGACUUGAAAGAAGAGUGCGUGAAGCUUCGGACCCGUGUUUUUGACUUGGAGCAGCAAAACCGUAUACUGAGUGUGCUGUUUCAACAACGUGUCAAAAUGUCCAGCAACCCCGUGUCCCAGGACGUCCAGCGGAAUGGAAAAGCAGGUGUUGCUGCAGGAAGGUGGCCCAGCCUGCUGAGUCUGACAUGCCCACGCAGCAGUGGCAGUGGUAGUGGCAGUGAACUUUCAUUAUCAAGCGCCUGUAGUGAGUACUCCAGCGGUUCCCACACCUGGGCUGAAGGACGUGGUUUAUCCAAACAGUGUGGCUCAAACCGAGACAAAAGGAUGAGCACAGGGUCUGUUUCCAGCAAUCACUCAGAACCUAUCAAGCAGACAGACCUGGGAUGGAAAGAAGGACAUAUUCUGAAAGGCCUGAAGCAUCUCCAGAUGCACAGCUCUAAAGAGGCGACCUCACUUGUAUCCGCUCCACACUGCAAAGAUUGUAUGACAUCAAAUGAGGGCAUAUACUCACUUGGUGUCAAGUCUGGGCAGCGAGAGACUACAACCAAGCCAAUAGCCCCAACAAAUAAACCCCCCAAGAUUGAAGCAGGGUGUACUGCCCUAGACUCUGAUGAUGCAGAUGAUAAUUCACAUAAAUUGCAAAGCGAAUCUAAUGACACUCCAGUAAAAGAGCUUCUUUGCUUGGAGAAACUGGGGGAUGAUGACACCAAUUCUCAAGAAAACCUUGUAAAACUUGCAGUAGACUGUGGUCUUUUUCCAUCACCUGUAUCAGGCAACCUAUUAUUUUUGGAUAGCCCCAAACUUAGACCUGGUGUAAGCCCAACAGACAGCCUUACAUAUACAGAGGAAACCAACAGAAACACAUUGGGCAAAAAGCUUAGUGACAGAAACAACAACCAGGAAAGGUCAGCUGACCGUAAAUCGAGGCUUGAUCACAUUAAAAGACAAGAUGGCAGGUUAGUGACUAACCAAGUGGAAUCAGGGAUGGCUGACAUGAGCAUGUCUAUUCAAAACAGUGUGGCAAGAGCUCUUAGUCUGAAUGACGCCAGGCAGCGCAGCUCCUCAGUGGAGGUUGGUCAUUACAGAGACCAGGCAAGUCAAGUCGGUGGUAAAAGUCAGCACCACAGCAUAUCAGAAGCUUCCCAGAGGAAACCAAAACCUCAGCCGUGUGAUUCAGCCAGGAAGGCUUUUAUUCUGCGGAGCAAGAGUGCAGAUGCAGGACCGGACCAAGCUAAGCAUACCCAUUCUCCUCUCCACCAAAAGCUUAUUAGUCAGAAACCAAAAGAACAGUCAAACCAUACUGGACCCAGUGCAUCCAGCAAAAGAGCAAAUGUCAAGAAAACACACAGUUCAAGCAAAGGAGCCUUACCUAGAGGUGAAAAAGAUGAGAAUAUUGCUGCGUCAGCAAAUUCAAAGUCUCUGGAAAGUGUCCAACAGCGCUCUCCUCUGGCUUCUCCUGUGAAACACUCAAAGACAGUUAAGCCUCCAGGGAUCAAUGAACGCUCCCAACAAAUGAGCCCAACAAAAGCAAGUUUGCAAAUCACAAGGCCUCAAUCAAGCUAUGAUUCUGUGGAGGAGAGCAUUUAUGACAACUUACCCUGCUCUCCAAGAAAACUGCGACGCCAAGACCAGCACUAUGAUGCUUCUGGUUCAAAACACAGGUCCCCAUCCCCUCCACUGCCUCCAGGUCGAACUUCUUCCCUUGUAUUUAGACCUGAUGGUGACACUUUACCCAAUGGCCAUAAAUGUGCAGGUCAAGGCUCUACUGCUGAGACAAUAGCCUCAGGUGCCAACAAGUCACACUCAAACCAGGUUCCAUCUGCUGUACAACCACAUCAAUCCAACCCAACUAAAGACAAUCAACAUCAAAUGGGUGCUGAAAAUAAUCCACCAAAAGACAUCCCCAACAAGAUGUACCACACUCACUCAUCCAAGAUACAGUCUGUCCCUCUUCAAGAAAGUCAAGCUUCAGAGUCAGUCCAGUUAUCGAUGGGCAGAACGUCCAUGUGCUAUGAUGAAAACGGUUCUUCCUCUGUGCUCCCCAACACAAGCAUCCUACAAAGAUCCCAACAGAGCAUUAGUGAGCCAAAACUUUCCGAAGUCUUGCCGCAGGCAUAUUCUAAUGUUUACCACCAUGGGAUUGCCAAUAAUUCUCACACUUCUGUCAAAAUGGCUCUUCCCGUAAAUGCAAAAUCUCAUGAAGCAAUCGCUGGACAGGAAACAAGCACCUUUCUCGUCUUUGGAAGACAUAACAAAGAAGAAACAAACUCUAAAAGUUUCCAGACCUUCCAGACUUUUACGUGUGAUCCCCAGAUGAUACACGAACGUGGUGUUCAUGACAAAGCUCGCAGGAAGAUCGAGACCCGCUGUAACUCAUUAGAUUCUGAGCCAUCCAUUCAGCCCACAGCAUCAGACAGCGGUGUGAUGUUAGACUGGGGAUUUGAUGAGGAAGGCUGGUUGUUUAAAAGGUCUGUGUCUGUAUCAACCAGGCCUCUUCUUAAACCAGUAAUGGGCAUGAAUGGUGCCAAGGCUCGUAGCCAGAGCUUUGGCGCUCGUUACAUGGACAGGCCAAGCUUCAACCGUUCUGGAAAGGUUCGGACACAGAUUAAAACCCACUCAGGGAGCUCCCUGAACUCACUUGGAGAUGUCCUUCCAGGGAGUAUGAGUUGCUCUAGUAGCUACCAUUGUCCAAUGAAUCGAUCUCUUCUGAACAACUUCUUGAUUGAAGAGGGUUUGACCGGUCCCUCGCAUUUAGGAUCGUCUAGUGAAAGACUUCAAAGUCUUAAACUCCAACGGGAGCAUGCUAGGCGCCUGCAGAUCGAGCAACAGUUUUCCAGCGCAUUCGGGGAGCCAGUAUCUGAAGAGCCAGAGAGACAAAGUACUAUAACCACAAUUGAGGAGAAAGUUAUGCUUGGCAUAGAGGAGAACUUGCACAAGUCUCAGGAGCAGGAGAGAAGCAGUGAGGUGAAACCAAAACCCAGUUCAACCUUGGCAAAUUGGUUUGGUUUUCGCAAGAGCAAGCUUCCUGCUCCAAGUGGCAAAAAAACUGAUCCACCAAAAGUAAAAGAGGACAAGAGGGAGCAGAAGAUUACAUCACUUCUGGGAGGAAAGCAGAUAAAGUCUGACAAAAAGAGAGACAGAAGAAAAAGUGAUGGAAAAGACUGCUCAGUGGGAAGGAGAGAGUCCCAUGAUGCAGUGCGGGCGUGCAUAUCAAUGCCCUGCCCUGGAAUGUCCAUGAAUGAAAUACAAGGACACGGUGACUUCACCGGAGAACCGAAGAUGCAGAUGAUGAGCCGAAGAUCUGAUGGUGAAAAUGGAUCGACCCACCAGGAAGCAGUAAUAGGCUCCGGCUGCAAGAUGCGAACAUUGGACAGUGGAAUUGGGACCAUCCCCCUUCCUGAAUCCUGUUCCUUUUUCUCCUCAUUUCUGCACCUCCUUCCCAAAUCGUCAUCCACCCCAGAGCAGUCCCUCAGCCCUCCCAGUGUUCCCAGUUCCUCCAGUGGGGACGUGUCUCCUUCCCCGCUACCCCGGUGGAGAAUUCCCUCUGGCUUUAAGGACAGCAGCUAUGCAGGGGUGCCCACCUCUUCCAUGACCCAUAUCCAAUCGGUGCCUUUCCCCACUGUGGCCUUCCUCCAGCCCGUACAACCCCAGUCUGAACACCUUGUGUGUGAUACACAGAGCAGACUACCCAGACCACCACAAGGUGGAGUGGAACCAAAGAUGAUGACCUACAUUAAAUCGAAAACACGAGCCCCCCCGAGCCAACAGAAGGAACAGACCAGACUCCAGCUCGCCAACUGUGAGACCACACAGACCCACAUCCAAGUCUCUGCGGCGGAGUGAAGCAAAUGAUCCGUUUCACAUGGAGGAUCCCUGAAUCCCACAGUCUGAACUCGGUCUCAGGAUGAAACCUUCAAAGAGGACAAGUGGGCCCGGCAUCGCAGGCUUCCACCUGAGCACAGAGCGGUUCUCAGACACUGAGUAGCGUCGGGUGAUGCAGUGAACCACCUGUCUCCUACUUAUCUAUUUACUUGAUCCAACUUCUUAUCUACAACUUAUAUAGUUUUCCAGACGGUUAUAGCGUAGCAUUAGCAUUAGCAUUAGCAUGGUUAUCUAUGGUCAGUACUGGUGUUUCAAACAAGCCAAAGCAUGUUCCCCUCUCUGAGGCGAAGACGGGGCGACGGCACAGGAUGAGCAUAUUUCCACACUGUGGGUGUGGUGGUUUUCGAUACUUACCUCUAAUUAACAGCAGGUUUAAUGCUGCCACAUGAUCAGGACUGCUCUCACAUGGACGGGGUCAUAAUGUAUGAGCACAAACGACCAGUCAAGUCAAUGCAGGCCAACAGUGUCACUUUGUUUGUGGUUUACAGGAUUUUAGAUGCCUGGAUAAUGAUCUGGACUGUACAAAUAAUAAUACAAAUACCAUUAUUUAAUAUUUGUGACUAAAAAUAAGAUUAAAAUGUGAAUUUAGACGUAAACUUAGUAUUUAAUUAUUUAAAACCUAUCAUAUCAGAAAUGUAAUUAUUUAUUUUUUGAAUGUAGCCAUUUUUAAGCACAGAGUUACAGCAUGUCCCUGUUUGGCCAACUUAAACAAAAACCGCAGUCCCACUUCUGAUCUUAGAGGCCAAGUCAGCACAUAUGUAAAUGACAAUAAGUAUAAGAUGAACAUAAAUCUGGAAUAUAGCUGCACUAUUUAUUUGAUUUUCUUCAGUGUAUCCUCUUGAAAAGCACAGAUCAGACUACAGCUGGUUUAGAGGCAGGGAAAUAACCCAGGUUUUGUCUCCUAUGACACAAAGACACAAGUAAAGUGAAAAACUGUCAUGACGUAUGGAUGAUGAAUGUACAGAGGGUUGUUUAGACUUAUCGUACCUGACGUCACCUUCACUUCAGCAUAACGUCUAUGAUUCUAGAUGAUUAGACAAAGCUGCUUGUUUAAAGCUGCUCUAAAUACUUGACUUUGCAUUGCAUUUGUGUGACGUAUCUGCUCAUUAGGCUUCUGUAAUGGCACCAGCUGUGGAAAGUAGUGGAGAUCACCGAAGCGAAGACAUGACCUCUGGUAAAACCCGCAUAUAGGAUGUUUAUGAUGUUUAUGUGAACGUCUACGACUACUAUGAUUACAGGACUAAUAUAUUUGAGUAAAUCAUCAGAGGAAACCUUGAACCUCACAAAUGAUCGUCUGCAUACUCUGUGUACAGCACAUUCAUCAGCUCUAUCAAUGUGACUUUGCCGUGUGCACUAACCUUUUUUUCUAUUUUUGCAGUAAUCAUGUUUAUUUGCAUGCAACCAGCCUCAGGCUUAUUCUAACUCAUCAUAUGAAUAUACUGUAUAAUAUUCUCAUUUGAAGAGUCUCAUCACAGGAAGUGAACAAAUGUGAAACCGCCACUGUUGAGUAUUUAUGAAGUAUCACACAGAAACCUGUAACUACUUUUUAACCGUGAUUCUGUCUCUCAUAUCCACAGAUGUUCUUGAAUUUGUGUGUGAAUUGCUUUCAGCUGUUUUCGGAGAGUACUACAGUUAUGACAUCAGGACAAAGCAGCGGUUGUGCAUGUGAACCUGUAGCCAGUAGGCACGUUGUGAACAAUGUUGUGUUGCUCAGGGAAAACACCUUAUUGUCGCUGAUAGAUGCUGUGGACAGGCUCUUUGUUGCGGUCAGUGAACUCACCACGACACUGUCACGCUGUGGACAUUUACUUCCUGUCUGUUUCUUCACGCCACAGUUGCUCCGUUUUGUCCUUAGUGGUUUGUUUUUGGUGUUACCAUCAUAUCCUGACAUAUUUGACUGUAGGCGCUUUGCACACACACACACCCCCCCCCCACACACACACACACAUCCUUCCAACAUCCAAACCUCAAUUCUAACCUCAGCCCUAAAAUGACAUCUUGACCCUAAAAAAGGCCUUUGGGCCCUACUUCGAUGUAACUGCAAGGACACACACACAAACAGAACACAGAAAUUUGCCUAAAUGCAUUUUGCCAAAUGCUACUUGGAGCUAAUAAAAAACACAUGCAAGUAAAUCGACAUAUCAGACGUGUGAUGGCGACUGCAGCCAUGAUUUCUAGAAAUGUGACGUAGAACUAUUAAGCAUCUGCACAGAAGCGUUGUCCUGUCAUCCUGUGUACAUUGAGGUCACGUGUUGGUGUUGGUGGCAGCACUGUAGCAACUCAGUGAAGCACUGUAUGUAGCGCACAAGGGCGAGACGAGGCGUUAAUGGAUCAGUACAGAUACGGGUCGAUGGCUCAUAUUAUGAAAAGCGUCGUAUUGUAUUUUUCUAACAUUUACUCUAAUGCCCUAUUUCUACUCAGCACUGAAGAACCUAAUUUACUGUUUAUUAUUACAUAUUGUUAUUCACUAUUAUGGUAAUUGUCCUUCUACUAAAUGUGUUUCUUUUUGUCAGGACCCGAUAUUAACAGUGAUGUUAUGUGUGACCUUAGCAGUUGUAUGAAACUGAUCUUUGUUUAAUGUCAAAUAAAAUAAAAAUAAACUAUUUCAAUACUUAA